AUGGCCCUGCCACCAGCGGUCACGUCUGCACAAGAUGAACUGCGCGGACGGGCGUUGCAGGCUUUGAGGCUUGAUCUACAACUCAAUCUCGACCAUGCGCGACAAGCCCAGGACGAGCGAAGUGAUGGCACGUGGCAGCACCCUGGCGGCGAUGCGGGUGAGCGACGUGGACAAGAGCGAACUAUGAAGAGAUCGCCGCAUUCGGCUAUCAAGGUGCUCGCCGGCACACUGAUCUUCAGCCACGCCGAGAUGCUACGACCACAGUCCCAAGAGUGGCGACUUCAUUUGGGAGGCUGUCAUACCAUCGCCAGGGGUCUUGUCCAGAGCCCUUCUCAGCUUCAAGCAGAGUCCCCAGCGCUCCGCUUUCUAUCGAAGGAGCUGUCUGAUCUCGAAUCAUUGCUCGAACUCUCGCACUUCCGACCAAGGCCGAGCCGCGCCCCAGUGCCACCUUCGAGGGUCCAACCGCACAGACUUGGGACGUUCACCACAUUCACUGAGAUUCUCAGGGACAUCACCUCGCAGGAAAGGAUGCAGGGCCCGCUUGAUACGCGUGCAGGCGACUCGAUCUCCAUGACUGACCUGCGCGUUUGGAAGCAGCGGAUCGAUCAGGCGUUCGACCUUUCAAGAAGUGAGCUCAGCAAUCAGCACGCAGCAGACACUGUCGCCGGUCUCGCGUUCAAAUCUGUCAUUGACGCUCACCACGUCGCUGCUAUCAUAUACCUGCAUCAGGUCUAUUUCCAGUUCGUACAUCCAACCGAGAUGCUGGACGUACGUCUCUGCAGCGCAAUCACAAACGUCCAAGACGCAGGCUUAUACUACCACGAUCUCUUCUGGCCUCUCUUCGUUCUAGGAACUUUGUCUACCGGACAAGAUCAACAGCAAACGUGGGUUGAAAGGCUUUGGAGGCUAUGCGUCUCCACUACUAGCUUCUAUUGUAACGAGCCAGCAUUGGCGUUCCUCAAGGCGUAUUGGGCGCGGCCGUCGGAAGAAUAUCUUGUUAGCUGGAUUCAAUAUGCCCGCCUUCACUCCGACGUGCUUGACUCUUUCAUCAUCUUUUAG